GGGAGGGGGGGGAGGGUGAGACAAAAUUGGAGAAUUGGAGGAGUUGAGGAGUGAUACGGUAGUGGUUAUGACGUCAGGAGAUGAGAAGGAUAAUUCAUUAGAGAUGGUCUUUGAGGAUCGUCUUGGGUCACAAAGUAGUAGUCGUAGGAUGGGAGACAGUAAGUAACUGAUAGCUAGAGUAUACACUAUGAAUCUUGGUACUGAGACCUCGGGUUGCAUGUACUCUAGAACGGAGUAAAGGAGUCAAGGCGAAUUUCACGGAUAAUUCCUCGAUAGAGGAGCAAUGCCUCCACGGCUAGUGGCCCACGGAGUGCCAGCGGAGCGGCUUGCAGCCCCGCAGGGAAAGGAGAAGCUACCGCCCUACGGGGUCUGGUUGACGCUCCGCUGGCCCCUACUCGGGAAGAGCCACUGCGUGGUGCCUAGCUCCUCUACGAGGAGUGUUCACUGUCUGUGUAAGCAUUUCCUCGGCAGAGGAACAAGGCCCCCACGGUCAGUGGCCCACGGAGUGCCAGCGGAGCGGCUUGCAGUCCCGCAGGGAAGGGGGUGGUAUCACUCCAUGGGGUCAGGGUUACGCUUCGCUGGCCCCAGCUCGGGGAGAGCCACUGCGUGGUGCCUAGCUCCUCUUCGAGGAGUACUCGCAAUGCUCUAAUAAUCCCUUACUGUUGACACCGUGCUUAGAUUCUCCUCUAGAAGUCUUUCGCUUUUUUGCAGCCACACCUCCUAAACAUAAAUGAAAGACAGGACUCCUACUCCUCUUGAAGUCUGUACAUUAUAUCCAUAGACUCUUGUCGUUGGCUCCUCUAUUUUACCAACUCUCGUUUAGCAUGCUACCCACUCCUUAAAUAGUCUUUACUCAUCAUAGUACAAAUAGAGUCUCAUAGUCUUCUUGUUGAUCCUCAAUUUACGGCCAUUUAUAUAAUUCUC